AUGGCAUCGUCGCUCACAGUUGAUCUCUCUAGCUUUGUUGAAAGCCGGGGUCAGGCGAAAGAACUGCUGGCCCAGUUUGCUGUCAACGUAUUGAAGAAUCAUGGGUAUAUCAAACUCAAGAAUCAUGGUAUUUGUCCCGAUGGUAUGAGACACUUCUGGAAUUGGGAGCAUUUCGACUGUGGUUCCAGUCACGACACAGAAUUUCCCAAUCGCUGGCCCGACUUGCCAGGGUUUCGAGAAUACAUGGAGGCACACUAUGAGCGUUGUCAAGAAGUAGCCCUGGGAGUCCUCUCUAUGGUCGAGCUUGGACUCGGCUUGGAAGCCGAUACGUUGGUGGCACUAUGUAAGCCUGCCACUAGUGAGCUUCGGAUUCUCCAUUAUCCCUCUGCUGAGCUUCCUGUGGUACCACCAACAUACAAGAGAAUAUGGCCACACUGUGACCUAGGUGUCUUGUCCAUACUGCUCCAGGGUGGGGUCGACGGCCUCGAAUUCGAAGAUAGGAAGUGUCCUGGUAGUUACUUACCAGCGGUUUUCGACACCGAAGAUGAAGUAUUGGUGACUGUGAGUGAGACGCUUGCUCGAUGGACCAAUGGUGUUCUGGCUGGUGGGCGGCAUCAAGUCACUUUGCCAACGAACAUGGUUGAUGGCAUUCUCCCAGAGCGAUACGCAUCUGCCUUUUUUUUCAAGAGUUGUAGGUCAGCAUCUAUUGGUCCGCUGCCUGCUUUCGUCACCGAAGACAAUCCGGCGAAGUACGAAAAUAUGACCGCCCUUGAAUUCCACCUGUCAAUAACCAAGGAGCUGGAGAAAUGA